AGCAUCAACAUGCAGUGCGAACCUCACAGACUCCACUGCUUAAAUACAGCACCCGGCCUUUCACACACACUAAGCACAGCUCUCUCUCAGUCUCAGCUCCACCUCACCUCGCCGGCCAUGGAGGCGGCAGUAGAGUGCGCCAGGUGCGAGUGCUGCGGGCUGGUAGAGGACUGCACCCGGGACUACAUCCUGGGCGUGCGCGCCGCCUUCGGCGGGCGUUGGCUCUGCGGGCUCUGCUCGGAGGCGGUGCGCGACGAGGCGGCCAGGGGCACGACGACGAAGCAGAAGGGCCCUGGCGCCGCAGCAGCCGCGGCGCGGCUGGAGGAGGCGCUGAGGGACCACAUGGCCUUCUGCGGCAAGUGCAGGCGGAGCCCCGCGUUCCGGGUCGCCGACGGCAUGCGCCAGAUGCUGCGGAGGUGCUCCAAGUGACGGCGUCGCAGUGCAGCAUGACGCCGACGCUCGUCGAUCGGAUCAGCGUCGUCGUCGUCUAUCAAGUCUUGAAGAAGACGAACAAGAUGAACACCGCGCCACUUAUAUUUUCUUUGCAGUAAGCUAGCAUUAUGUGGAACGAAACGGCACGUCAGGUUUGGCGUGUUAGUGAUCUCUGAUAAACUCAGGGGGCUUGUAGGCGUUUACGCUAAGCUAGGACGCUGCUGCUUCUUAGCUACUAGUAGUCAUCAGCGCCGUUAGCAGUUGGAGUCUUAGGCUUGGAAGGUUCCCACAUUAAUUCUUCAGGUCUUGAGACUAUAAAGCUGUUCCAUCAAUAAGGAAAACUCCUUACGUGUAUGAUUUUGCACGGAAGCAGAAAUUGUCCUGCAAUGCACA